GAAGCUUCACCUCUACAAGUGGCUACUGCAGCCAUGGACCUGAAGGAGCGCAGACACCGCUCACUGACCCGCAACCAUUGUGCCAAAGAGCUUCAGUUUAGUACUUCAACUCUGGAUGUGCCCACUCAGAAAUCUUAUAGCUCCAGUGAGACACUCAAGGCAUUUGAGCAUGAGGCACGUCUGCCUUAUGGAGGCUGUGUGUCUGAUUUAGUACACCAUGAAGCAGAAGAAUACUCCAGACAAGCAAUGGGAAACUUCACUCUGGCAGAGUUAGGGAUCUGCGAGCCCACACCCCCUCACCAGAACACCUACUGCCCCAACCUUGGGCUACUACACAGCUAUACUCUAAGCGCAGGCUCUGAUGCUGACUCCGAUCCUGAAGUCCCCAUCUCUCCAGAAAGAGCCAUGCAGCUGUGGAGCACCCGCAACGUCAAGUCACGCCACAGCUCUGGUCAGUCCAGUCACGAAAACUCGGCCCUAACCCUCACUGAUUCGGAAAACGAGAACAAGUCUGACGACGAGUCAGGUCGUCCCCUCCCGCCAUCCACUGCCUCCUCCAGCCUUCUACCACCGGCACCUUCUCCACCCACUGCCCCGCUCCACCAAGCCUCACCCACCAUCCGAGAGUGCCAGGUGCCCCUGCUGGACAGCAGCUCUUCCCACACCAUGCUGGAGCCCCACCCAGAGGACCAAAUCUCCCCUAACUCAUACCUUCUACGAGCCCAGACCACCGCAGGAGCUCCAAACCACCACAGCCAGUCGACACUGCGGCCUCCGCUGCCUCCACCACACAACACCCAAGCGCUGUCUCACCAUCAGACGUCGGCUAACUCCCUUAACCGCAACACGCUAAGCAGCAGGCGCAACCCCAUCCAUGCUCCGCCCAGCGCCCCGGGAGACGCCCCCACCACACCUGAGUCGGUGCAGCUGCAGGACAGCUGGGUGCUCAACAGCAACGUUCCACUGGAGACCAGGCACUUCCUGUUCAAGACAUCAUCAGGAACCACACCGCUUUUCAGCAGCUCGUCCCCAGGUUACCCGCUGACGUCUGGCACGGUGUACUCGCCCCCGCCACGGCUCCUACCCCGAAACACCUUCUCCCGAAGCGCCUUCAAACUGAAGAAGCCCUCCAAGUACUGCAGCUGGAAAUGCGCCGCUGUUGCAGCCAUCGCCGCCGCCACCCUGCUGGCGAUACUGCUGUCCUACUUCAUUGCUUUAAACCUGUUGGGGUUGACCUGGCAACUGAAGCCCGUGGAAGCUCCCGUGCUGAGCCAUGGCUUGGGCACAGCAGGCAUGCCUGGCACCAAUGAUGAUACCACAGGGCCCUCUGGAGGCAGAGGGACUGGUACAUUUCGAAACAGCAGCAUAGAUACAGGAAAUCUGGAUGUGGGCAGGCGGGUGACCCAGGAAGUACCACCAGGUGUGUUCUGGAGAUCACUGCUUCAUCUCAGUCAGCCCCAGUUUCUAAAAUUCAACAUUUCCCUGGGAAAAGAUGCGCUUUUCGGGGUUUAUAUUCGCAAAGGCCUGCCCCCAUCACACGCACAGUAUGACUAUAUGGAGUGCUUGGAUGGGAAGGAGAAAUGGAGCGUGGUGGAGUCUCCUCGAGAGCGACGCAGCAUCCAGACAGUGGUCCUGAACGAAGCCGUGUUCGUGCAGUAUCUGGAUCCAGGCACAUGGCACCUGGCCUUUUACAACGAUGGCAAGGAGAAAGAGUCUGUGUCCUUUAGCACAGCUAUAUUAGACUCAGUGCAAGAGUGCCCGAGGAAUUGCCAUGGAAACGGCGAAUGUGUGUCAGGAGUGUGUCACUGCUUCCCCGGCUUCCAUGGCAUGGACUGCUCGAAAGCUGCGUGUCCAGUGCUCUGCAGUGGUAAUGGACAGUAUGAUAAAGGCUCAUGUACAUGCUACAGUGGAUGGAAGGGGCCGGAGUGUGACAUUCCAUUAAAUCAGUGCAUUGAUCCUCAGUGCGGCGGCCAUGGAACCUGCAAGGAGGGCACCUGUGUCUGUUCGCUGGGUUACAAAGGACAGAACUGUGCUGAAGUGGACUGCCUAGACCCUUCCUGCUCGAAUAAUGGGAUCUGUGUGAGUGGCGAGUGUCACUGUAAACCAGGCUGGGGAGGAUCACACUGUGAGCUGCCCAGAGCACAGUGCCCUGACCAGUGUCACGGUCAUGGGGCCUUCAUUCCUGACACAGGCCUGUGUAGCUGUGAUCCUAACUGGAUGGGCCCCGACUGCUCCAUUGAGGUUUGCUCGGUGGACUGCGGGACUCAUGGCGUGUGUAUGGGUGGUUCAUGCCGUUGUGAAGAGGGCUGGACAGGAGAGGCAUGUGAUCAGCGUGUGUGCAGUCCUCUGUGUGUAAAGCAUGGAACCUGCAAGGACGGCAAGUGCGAGUGUCACCAGGGAUGGAAUGGCGAGCACUGCACCAUCGACUAUUGGGAUGAGACUAAAGAAGACGGCUGUCCUAACCUGUGCAAUGGGAAUGGACAGUGCACCAUGGGACAGAACAGCUGGCACUGUGAGUGCAAGACAGGCUGGAGGGGCACUGGGUGCAACGUCGCUAUGGAAACAUCCUGCGCAGACAACAAAGACAAUGAAGGAGAUGGUCUGACGGACUGCAUGGACCCAGAUUGCUGUAUCCAGAGCCCAUGUCAAAACAGUCCUUUAUGUCGAGGCUCUCGAGACCCACUGCAAGUGAUCCAGCAGAGCCAGUUACCUGUCCAGAAGGUUCGCUCCUUCUAUGAGCGUGUCAACAUGUUGGUUGGCCGGGACAGCACUCAUAUCAUUCAGGGAGAAAACCCUUUUAAUGCCAGUCUGGCAUCCCUGAUAAGAGGCCAGGUUCUGACUACAGAUGGAACGCCCCUGGUGGGGGUAAACGUGUCCUUCGUUAAGUACCCUCACUAUGGAUAUACCCUUACACGGCAGGAUGGAACCUUUGACCUCAUCGCGAACGGAGGCGCUUCUCUCACACUGCAUUUCGAGCGUGCGCCAUUUCUGAGCCAAGAGCGCACAGUGUGGUUACCGUGGAACAGCUUCUAUGCCAUGGACACACUCAUGAUGAAAACAGAGGAGAACACAAUCCCAGGCUGCGACCUUAGCGGUUUCGUGAGGCCAGAUCCAGUUGUGGUAGCUUCACCCCUGUCCUCGUUCUUUAGCUCUCGACCUGGAGAAAGAUCCAUUAUCCCUGAGACUCAGGUUCUUCAUGAACUGAUUGAGAUACCAGGCACUAAUCUAAAACUGUGUCACUUGAGCUCGCGGGCAGCCGGCUACCGCUCUCUCCUGAAGAUCACCAUGACCCCAGCGGUGGUGCCACUCAGCCUGAUCAAGGUGCAUCUGAUGGUGGCUGUGGAAGGUCAUCUUUUCCAAAAGUGGUUCCAUGCCUCACCUAACCUCGCCUACACCUUCAUCUGGGAUAAGACAGAUGCUUAUGGCCAGCGAGUUUAUGGCCUUUCUGAGGCAGUGGUCUCUGUGGGUUAUGAGUAUGAGACAUGUCCUAGUCUAGUGUUAUGGGAGAAGAGGACGGCUGUGUUGCAGGGCUAUGAACUUGAGCCCUCUAACCUUGGCGGAUGGUCUCUGAACAAGCAUCACAUCCUAAACCUGCGCAGCGGGAUUCUACAUAAAGGCUGUGGGGAGAACGUCUUUGUUUGCCAACAGCCCCCAGUCAUCAUCAGCAUUAUGGGCAAUGGGCGUCGGCGGAGUAUCUCGUGUCCGAGCUGUAACGGAUUGGCAGAUGGAAAUAAGCUGUUGGCACCAGUCGCACUGGCAGCGGGUAUUGAUGGCAGCCUGUACGUGGGUGACCUGAAUUUUGUGCGCAGGGUGUAUCCAUCUCUCAAUACUACUCGUGUGCUAGAACUCAGAAAUAAGGAUUUUCGACACAGCAACAACCCAACACAUAAGUAUUUCCUGGCUGUAGACCCAGUUACAGGGGCUCUGUUCAUCUCAGACACAAACUCUCGAAGGAUUUACAGAGUGCGUUCGCUGACCGGGGGUCGGCUUCUUGCUGACAAUGCUGAGGUGGUAGCAGGAACAGGAGAGCAGUGUCUACCUUUUGAUGAGCGCUGUGGUGAUGGAGGAAAAGCUGUGGAAGCAACACUUAUGAGCCCGAAAGGUAUUGCAGUCGACAAAAAUGGGCUGAUGUACUUUGUAGAUGCCACCAUGAUCAGGAAGGUGGACCAGAAUGGGAUCAUCUCCACACUGCUGGGAGCUAACGAUCUCACUGCUGUACGGCCCCUCAGCUGUGACACCAGCAUGGACGUCAGCCAGGUGCGUUUGGAAUGGCCCACUGACCUAGCAGUCAACCCCAUGGACAAUUCCUUGUACGUUUUAGAAAACAAUGUAAUACUUCGCAUCACUGAAAACCAUCAGGUAAGCAUUGUGGCUGGGCGGCCCAUGCACUGCCAGGUUCCGGGCAUCGACUAUUCACUCAGCAGGCUGGCUAUCCACUCAGCACUGGAGAGUGCCACUGCCAUUGCUGUCUCCCAUUCCGGCGUGCUUUACAUCGCUGAGAGCGAUGAGAAAAAAAUCAACCGUGUACGGCAGGUCAGUGCUAACGGGGAGAUCUCAUUGCUGGCUGGUGCCACCUCCGAGUGUGACUGCAAGAACGAUGUCAACUGCAACUGCUUUGCUGGCGAUGAAGGCUACGCCACUGAUGCCAACCUCAAUGCCCCCACCUCACUAGCGAUAGCUCCUGACGGCACACUCUACAUUGCUGACCUCAACAACAUCCGCAUUCGAGCUGUGCAUCCCAACCGCCCAGGCCCGAAUGCGGUGGGCCAAUAUGAGGUGGCAUCACCAAGAGAACAGGAGCUCUAUGUGUUCAGUGAGGAAGGGCUCCACCUGCAUACUAUCAGCCUGGUCAGUGGAAUGAGUCUCUACAAUUUCAGCUACACGCUUGAGGGAGAGCUUGCUGCUGUCGUAGAUAACUGUAACAACACUGUGCUAGUGCGCAGAGAGGGUGGUGGCCUGGGUGGAGCAAGCACGGUUAGACUCCACCUACUGCCCGACAACAAGGUGUUAAAUCUGGGGUUGGAUAUAGGAGGCAGCCUGCGCUCCAUCUCCACUGCUGAUCAGGAGAUUGUACAGCUCAGCUACAAGGGCAGCACAGGCCUGCUGGCCAGCAAGGCUGACGAGACAGGCUGGACCACAUUUUAUGAGUAUGACAGCGAGGGGAGGCUUACUAAUAUGACCUAUCCGACCGGAAUGGUGACAAGCCUACACAGAGAGAUCGAGAAAUCCAUCAACAUUGACAUCGAGAGUUCAAACAGAGAUGAUGACAUCACCGUCAUUACCAAUCUUUCAUCAGUAGAGGCAUCCUACACAGUAGUGCAAGAUCAAGUACGGAACAGCUACCAGCUGUGUAACAAUGGCACACUAAGAGUGGUCUAUGCUAAUGGGAUGGGUAUCAGCUACCACACAGAACCUCACAUCUUGGCCGGGUCAGUGAGCCCCACUGUCGGCCGCAGAAACAUCACCCUGCCCACAGACAACGGACUUAACUCCAUAGAGUGGCGACUGCGCAAGGAGCUGACCAAGGGCAGGGUCACGGUGUUUGGCAGGAAACUGAGGGCCCAUGGACGCAACCUGCUCUCCAUUGAUUUUGACAGAAACACACGGACUGAGAAGAUUUAUGAUGACCACAGGAAGUUCACACUAAGGAUCACUUAUGAUGCUCAGGGGAGACCUGCUAUUUGGCAGCCCAGUAGCAGCCUUGCUGUGGUAAACGUGUCCUACUCUUCCACAGGACGGCUGGUGGGCUUGCACCGCGGCAGUAUGAGUGAGAGGACAGAGUUUGACCAGCAAGGACGCAUUGUCUCUCGCACAUUUGUUGACGGCAAGGUGUGGAGCUACAGCUACCUCGACAAGUCCAUGGUGCUCCUCCUGCAGAGUCAGAGGCAAUACAUCUUUGAGUUUGAUCCUUCCGAUCGUAUCACUGUGGUCACCAUGCCCAGCGUUGCUCGGCACACGAUGUUUACCCAUGUCUCCAUUGGCUAUAUUCGGAACACUUAUAACCCCCCUGAAAGCAACGCCUCCAUCAUCUAUGACUUCAGCGAAGAUGGUCGCCCUCAGGCCACAUACUUCCUGGGUACGGGACGCCGUGUCCUUUACAAAUAUGGCAAACUGGCCAAGCUCUCUGAGAUUCUGUAUGACAGCACAGCUGUCACUUUUGGCUAUGAUGAAACAUCUGGUGUCCUCAAGAUGGUCAGUCUGCAGAGCGGGGGCUUCUCUUGCACUAUAAGAUAUCGUAAGAUGGGCCCCCUAGUGGACAAACAGAUCUACCGAUUCUCUGAAGAAGGCAUGGUGAAUGCCCGCUUUGACUACACCUACCACGACAACAGUUUCCGCAUAGCAAGCAUGAAGCCAGUCAUCAGUGAGACGCCACUUCCUGUGGACCUGUACCGCUACGAUGAGAUUUCUGGCAAGGUAGAGCAUUUCGGGAAGUUCGGCGUCAUUUAUUAUGACAUCAAUCAGAUCAUCACCACGGCCGUAAUGACACUCAGCAAACACUUUGAUGCACAUGGUCGCAUAAAAGAGGUGCAGUAUGAAAUAUUUCGCUCACUUAUGUACUGGAUGACGGUUCAGUAUGACAACAUGGGGCGCGUGAUCAAACGUGAGCUGAAGAUUGGGCCAUAUGCCAACACCACACAAUAUCGCUAUGAGUAUGAUGGUGAUGGGCAGCUCAGUGGGGUCAAGGUCAAUGACUGGUCGACCUGGCGCUACAGCUAUGACCUCAAUGGCAAUCUGCACCUGCUGAACCCUGGCAAUAGUGCCCGUCUCAUGCCUCUACGUUACGACCUGCGUGACCGUAUCACACGUCUGGGCGAUGUGCAGUACAAGCUGGAUGAGGACGGAUUUCUCAGCCAGAGAGGCUCGGACAUCUUUGAAUACAAUUCCAAAGGACAGCUAGUGAGAGCCUACAGCCGUGUGGGAGGAGGAUGGAGUGUGCAGUACCGUUACGAUGGCCUCGGACGACGGGUCUCCACCAAGAACAGCCUCGGUCAGCACCUGCAGUUUUUCUAUGCGGACCUGAACAACCUUGUGCGAGUCACACAUGUGUUCAACCACUCGAGCUCAGAAAUCACAUCACUCUACUAUGACCUGCAAGGCCAUCUGUUCGCCAUGGAGGUGAGCAGCGGUGAGGAGUACUAUAUCGCCUCGGACAACACAGGAACACCACUGGCCGUCUUUAGCAGCAACGGGCAGAUGAUCAAGCAGGUGCAGUACACAGCCUACGGUGAGGUGUACCAUGACUCCAAUCCUGAGUUCCAGCUGGUAAUCGGAUUCCACGGUGGCCUCUACGAUUCACUGACAAAGCUAGUGCACUUCACGCAGAGGGACUACGAUGUAUUAGCUGCCAGAUGGACAUCACCUGAUUAUACCAUGUGGCAGAAGAUCAGCAAGGAUCUGGCUCCAUUUAACUUGUACAUGUUCAAGAACAAUAAUCCUCUCAGCGAUAUGCUGGAUGUGAAGAAUUAUGUCACAGAUGUGAAGAGUUGGUUGGUGAUGUUUGGCUUCCAGCUCAGUAACAUCAUUCCUGGAUUUCCUAAACACACAUUAUACUUUGUGGAUCCGCCAUAUGAGCUACAAGCCAGUCAGGAGUAUGAAAAUGGUCAGCUGAUGUCUGGAGUUCAGCAGGAGGCUGAGAGACACAACCAGGCCUUCAUGGCUUUAGAGGGUCAGCUGCUCAAUAAAGAUCGACAGAACAGGCGUGAUAAACCAGGUCACUGGUUUGGCACGGUGCCGUCCAUCAUUGGGCGGGGCGUAAUGUUGGCUGUAAAAGAGGGUCGCGUGGUGACAGGCGUGUCGAAUACGGCUAGUGACAACAGCAGGAAGGUGGCUCUAGUUCUCAACAAUGCUGUCUACCUUGAGGGGACGCAUUAUGUGCAGGAUGGUCAUGACUGCCACUUCUUUGUGAAGAUCGGCUCGGCUGAUGCGGACCUGCUGGCGCUGGGCCUCAGUAACGGCCGCAGGGUGUUAGAGGGAGCAGGUAUCAACAUUACUGUGAGUGGGCGCUCACGGCGUGGGGUCACUGUAGAGCUGCGGUCAUCAGCACUGUCCCUAAGCGUGCGCUAUGGCCCGGCGCAGGACACACUGGAUGAGGAGCGCGCCCGGCUCCUAGAGCUGGCUCGACAGCGGGCACUAGCGGGCGCCUGGCUGCGAGAGCAGCAGAGGACACGGGAUGGUAAGGAAGGGAGCCGCCUGUGGACCGAGGGUGAGCGGCAGCAGCUGCUGUCCACUGGGAAAGUUCCUGGCUAUGAUGGUUACUAUGUGCUACCUGUGGAGCAAUACCCUGAACUGGCUGAUAGCAGCACCAACAUCCAGUUCCUCAGACAGAACGAGAUGGGCAAGAGGUAACAGAGCUACAGAACUAUGAGUGCAUUCUUAUCUUGUGCAUUCUUCAUUCUCUCUUUCUCUGCACCACUCUUUGUCUCAACCAGUUCCCCUUUUUACCUAUAUCUCCUUUACCCACGGAGAAUAAAUAAACUUAAGGGGUAACUCUCUGAACGCUGCAGGGACUUUUAAAAAAUAUUAUUGUUACUGCCAUAGGCAAAAAAUAAUUUGCAAGAACUUUUCUUUGUUUUUGUGCACUGCAAAUAAAACAGAUCGGCUGUUAGUAUGAAAAAAAAUAAUCCCCUUUUUAAAAAAGAAAUGCUAUUUUUACCCAUAUUUUUUGGGUUCUGAGAGGAUGUUGGUGCCGGACGGUGCUAUACUAUCCUGUGUGAUCUGGAUUGCGGAGAGGACAGUUCUCUCGGCUUGAUACAGAGGCCUAGUCCCAACGCUGGAACUGAGCAACAUCCACAAGAUGGAUUAUCAGUCGUAUCAGUCUCAGGCCUCAUAUUCUCAAUAACAGGACUGCAACCUGCAGCUGCAACAAGCUCCAUCCACAAACUGCUUUAUGUUCCUUCAAGAAAGCAGAACUCCAACAAAGGAUAAUUGUUUGUUUUGUUUCAUUUGUUUUAUUGUUUCUGUUCUGUUCUUAAACAAUGAAAACAUUAUGGCUAUAUUUGCAUAAGGUCAAUGUCCAGCAUAGUUUCGUUUUGUCACUGGAAGAUUAGAGUAAUAUCUGUGGUGUGUCAGGUAACGCUGAUGUUUCGGGUGGGUUUUAGACAAGAUAGUUUUGUACGUUUCAGUUGCAGUAGAUUUGUGAGACUCUCACCGGGGCACUUCUGUACAGAAACAUCAGAAAAUAAAAGCAAGAAAGAAACAUUCAUGCUAUCAUGACAUUAACUAGUGUAAGAAAUAAUUUAUUUUUAUUUUAUGUUUAUUCUUUUUAUUUAUGUAUUUAUUAUUCUUAGUACUCUAUGACAAUCAUGAAGACGUCACCAUUUUUAGCCAAGAAAACAGAGUAUUUUCUUUUGUAAAAUAUGUAAGAAAUGUUCAUUAAGUUUUUAUAUUAAUUUUGAG